AUGAUAUCACUUUGUGAAGAACUUCCAUAUGCUUCAAUUAUUUUACAAGAACACGUUGAGGAUUACUGUGCCAAUUGUUUCAAUGAGAUCAGGUACACAUUUGAACUCUAAUCUUGAAAUUAUUAUUAUUUAUAGUGACACAAGAAUUCAAUGUGAUGAUUGCCUCGAAGUAACAUAUUGUUCUUUAAAAUGUCAAAGAACUGAUUGGAAAAAUGUGCAUUGUUUGGAAUGUCAAAUUCUUCGCUCACAAAAUCAACCACUAACACCAACAAUGCGAUUAUCGAUUCGAGUUUUAUUGAAAACAUUUGGAUUUGAAAACAUCGAAAAUGAACCGAAAAGUUUUAAUGGUGCAACAUUUGACGAAUUGGAGACAAGUUAGUACAAUAUCAAUUUCUAGAAAAAAUUAUGUUUUCAGAUUUUGAUGAAUAUCGUUCAAGUAAGCAACAUAAUAGAUUUCUCAAUGAUCUCAUGGCUAUUUUCCAAAUCUCAGCAACAUGUUAGUUUUUUCAUCAUCUGAAUAACUUUAAACAAGAAUAUAUUUUCAGCUCAACUAUCUGCUAUUUUUCAAAAAGUUGAAAAACGUCACAUGAUUGCAGUCAUUUGUGCUGUUCUUGCAAAUACUUUCAGUAUUUAUGACGAUUUGAAAUGCGAAAAUAUUGGAGUUGGAAUUUAUAUUGGAUUAUCAAAACAUAAUCAUGCGUGUUCUUCAAAAAAUCAUGUUGUUUUUGUGAAAAAUCGAGCAAUUUUAAGAGCACCGGAAGGAACAAAAUAUAAUCAAGAGGUAAACAUCUUAAAGUUUUUGAAAUAAAAUUUUAGUGUUUUCAGUUAACCAUUUCUUAUUGUUCUCGGAUGCUUCCAACUUCGGAAAGACGAAAAUCAAUAUCUCAAGUUCAUUUUUUCAAAUGUCAAUGUGAUCUGUGUUGUUCAUCUACCGAAAAUGAAUUCCAUUCACAAGAACUUUUCAAAAAGAUUGAAAAUACAAAUGAACUUCGAAAUCUUCAAAAAUUACGCGAAGAAUAUUCUGAAGAACUUGAUGUUGAUAAUUUGUUGAUGUGUCAUUUAAUCGAAAAAAUUGCACAAUGUGCAAUCAAAUUACCAUUGAAAGAAAGAUUUCGAAAUGAAGCAAUUCUUGGAAUCCAAGUUUAUAUGUAAGUUCGAAAAAUGAUUUUUCUAAAAGCAAUGUUUUUUUUCAAAAUAGAAAUCGUCUCGGAUUGGGAACUCCAGAAGUAACUCGACGACUUUAUCUCGCAUGUUUGAUUCUCGAAAAAUAUGAAAAUGGAGGAGAAAUUUUCGAAAAAACAUUGGAAAGUUGUGAUUUGAGCCACGGAAAAAAUCACCCGCUCACUGUCAAAAUUUCCGGAAUGAUUAAAAUAUAA